AGAAGUCAGAAGUCAGUGAUGAGAAACGGUACAGUAACAACAUUCAUUCUGCUGGGCCUGACAGAUGACCCUGAGCUGCAAGUUCUGGUUUUUAUCUUUCUAUUUCUCACCUACACGCUGAGUGUAACUGGAAACCUGACCAUCAUCACACUCACUUUUGUGGAUCCCCACCUUAAAACACCCAUGUACUUUUUCUUAAAAAAUUUCUCCUUCUUAGAGAUCUCAUUGACAACUGCCUGUAUUCCCAGGUACUUGUAUAGCAUAGCAACAGGUGACAACGUUAUUACCUAUAAUGCUUGUGUCAUCCAAGUGUUUUUUACGGACCUCUGUGGAGUAUCGGAGUUUUUUCUGUUGGCCGCCAUGUCCUAUGACCGCUACGUGGCCAUCUGCAGACCCCUUUAUGUGACCACCAUGAGCAGUGCCUGCAGGAUUCUCGUCAUCUGUUGUUGGGUGGCUGGCUUAUGUAUAAUAAUCCCACCACUUAGCCUGGGCUUAAAUCUAAAAUUUUGUGACUCUAACAUAAUUGAUCAUUUUGGCUGUGAUGCAUUUCCCUUAGUGAAAAUCUCAUGUUCAGAUACAUGGCUCAUGGAAUGGACAGUUAUAAUCUGUGCUGUGCUGACCCUGAAUAUGACGCUUACUUGUGUGGUUCUGUCAUAUGCCUACAUCAUCAAGACAAUUUUAAGAUUCCCUUCUGUUCAACAAAGGAAAAAGGCCUUUUCGACCUGUUCUUCCCAUAUGAUUGUGGUUUCCAUCACCUAUGGCACAUUUUUCAUCUAUAUGAGUCCUACAUCAAAGGAAAAAGUGACCAUUAAUAAAGUAGUUUCACUGCUCAUUUCUUCUAUUUCACCUACACUGAACCCAUUUAUUUAUACCUUGAGAAACAAUCAAGUUAAGAAAGCCUUUGAGGACUCAAUCAAAAGAAUUGCCUUGCUCUCAAUUAAGUAA